AGUCAUAGGGGCAUUUGUAAUAUAUUUUGAUGAUGCCGAAAAAAGAAGAGGUGAGCUCCCGUACUUCCGGCCCCGAAGGCCGCAACUCUGUGGACGAGAGAGGAGAUAGUGUAGAAGGAGAUGAAACCACAAAAUCUCAUUUUUUAUCCAUAGAUGACAUCCUGAAAGAUAAAAAUACGGACACCGCUAGUAGUGACCGGAAUGACGCCAUUAAUAAUGACGUCGCAGAGUCAUCACUGCGAAUCCCGAAAUCGAGCGAUUCAUGCGCGGACAGUUCCAGGCCGGACUUGUUUGGUUCUAGUAUUCCCUCGCUGGACUACAUGACAUACGCCCGGCCCCCGCAUUUCCUGCACUACCCCUGCACGUUAGCCCGAUCCCUGGGGGUCUUCCAGUCUACAUCCUGGCUGUGCCAGUCCAUGUAUCAGAGGCAAGCAUACAUAGAAGCUCAGAGAAGCUCCCGUCGUCAGCGCAGGGUUAACAUCGACCGGAAACCCCGACAGGCGUAUUCAACAAAACAACUGGAGAGGCUAGAGGAAGAGUUUAAGACCGACCGCUACCUGAGCGUCAGCAAGAGAAUCGAGCUGUCCAAACACCUGGAACUCACGGAGACCCAGAUCAAAACCUGGUUCCAGAAUAGGCGGACCAAAUGGAAAAAGCAGAUGGCCGCCAAACUGAAACGUGAUGGCCUUCUCAGUGCGCACAUGUGGCCUCCUCUGACGUCAUAUCCGCUACACCUUCCCCAACCAAUUCACCAGCCACUACACCCGAACUCACUGUUUCACCUUUAGCGCCAAGCUAAUCGGGCUGUUUGACAAGAACUCGGUGCAACAUGGCUGUGUGUGUUUAGACUCAUGUAUUCUAAAUGUAAACCUUGGGUUCUGUGUAUAUUGCUUGCCCGCGGUAGCUUCGUGUCUCACUAAUUGUGUAGGGCAUUGCUUUAAGCGCGGUAGAGCAGGCCCGUAGGAGCUCCUCCUCCUCCCCCCUCCCCUCUCCCCCCUUUACUGCUGAGUUUCUGCCGUGAAACCGAAUUUAGAACCAUUAUUAUUUUAUGCAUGGUCAAUUUGUUUAGAUUAAAUAAUGUGCUUCAUAGAUUUGGUUUUUGACUUGGCUCUCGUGACGAUUCUGAACCAGUGCCUUUGGUGACAUGGGACAAUGAGCCCCACUGAGCUACAAAAUUGUAUUUCCCAAACCACCACUCCCACCCCACCUCCUCUCCACCCCCCACUCUGAGAAACGCUCCUACGGACCCUAGCGGGAAUAUGCGCCAAGCUAGGACCCCUGCCAACGAACUACAGAAUCAGCUGUACUAGAACAUGCCCUUUGUGUGAGACAGUCGUCGUAAGCUUAUGAUAAUCCGAAUUUUUUUCAGUUUUGAAAAUGAACACUUGAAUAAAACACCAUACAUUGAAGCAUAGUCUCACACAAGAGUCCGUAGAUUCUUAAGAACACAAUUCAUUAUGCAUGGUAAACUCCUCCCCAGACGCUUUCAGCCUCACGUGCUGGAACAAGUUACGGACUUGCGUUGAUAAUAGUGUUAUUGCUGAUAACGUUAUUCACGUCGGAUGUGUACCUCCCAGUGGACCUCCAAACGCUUCAUAAUGUAUUUCCGGUGGCACAAUUGCAAUGGAACUGAUGUCGGUAAAAGCGCCAUUCUUCAUAAUCCAGUGUUGAUAUAAUGGCAGCAUACAAUUUCCAGCCUGAUACAAUGACAAGUCGUCAUAAAGCCUUGAACAUGACGAGGCAUAUUUUGAUUGCUCGUUUAUAAAGCUUUCAUUGCUCUGA